CAAAAGAAGUAAUCAGCAGACAUUUGAACCGCAUCUCCACUUGAUCAAAUUGAAAUAAGAAGAGAGCGGCAAAAUUCAAAAACUCUAUUCCUCACACCACACAAGUCACAACUAACGAAUAUACCUCAACGGCUAAAACCUCCCCUAAAUUGCAGGAUUUCACAAAACCCUAAUUCAAAAUCCCUGCAAUUUGUUUCAAUCGCACAAAUUAUUCCCCAAAUUCAACUUCAGACUCCUACAUUUCUACCUUAUUUAUCGAAUUCCGUCGAAGAUCGGAAAAAUGGGGGUUGAAAAUUAUCACGUUAUUGAGCUUGUUGGUGAGGGUUCUUUUGGGAAAGUUUACAAGGGUAGAAGAAAAUACACUGGCCAGACUGUUGCUAUGAAGUUUAUAAUGAAGCAUGGGAAGAGUGAUAAAGAUCUUCAUAAUCUUAGGCAGGAGAUUGAGAUACUCAGGAAGCUGAAACAUGAGAAUAUAAUAGAAAUGCUUGACUCCUUCGAGACCGCACAAGAAUUUUGUGUAGUCACAGAAUUCGCGCAGGGUGAACUUUUUGAGGUUCUUGAGGACGAUAAGUGCCUGCCUGAAGAACAAGUUAAAGCAAUUGCAAAGCAGCUGGUGAGAGCACUGCAUUACUUGCAUUCCAACCGAAUUAUUCACAGGGACAUGAAGCCGCAAAACAUCCUUAUUGGUUCAGGCUCCAUUGUUAAGCUUUGUGAUUUUGGGUUUGCACGUGCCAUGUCAAUGAACACUGUUGUACUUCGCUCGAUCAAAGGUACUCCAUUGUACAUGGCUCCUGAGCUUGUUCGCGAACAACCAUACAAUCACACAGCUGAUUUGUGGUCUCUUGGAGUGAUUUUGUAUGAACUUUUUGUUGGCCAACCUCCAUUUUAUACGAACUCAGUUUAUGCACUUAUACGACAUAUUAUCAAGGAUCCAGUUAAAUAUCCGGAGAAUAUGAGCCCAGAAUUUAAAAGCUUCUUGAAAGGAUUGCUUAAUAAGGUUCCACAACAACGACUCUCUUGGCCUGGCCUUCUUGAGCACCCGUUUAUCAAAGAUUUUUCUGCUAACUUGGAGACAAGGGAGUUGGUUUCAGCUACAAAGCCAUCGAUGGGGUGUGAAGCUGCUUGGAAAGGCGAAGCUCCGAAAAUUCCACUGCCUGUGCGCUCUAACACUGUGACUUCUGAAAAUGAAAAUCAUUCUCGUUGUGCUAUUGGUAACGAAAAUUCGUCAAGUGCACCUUGUGAUGCCCAACCCAAUGAGUCUGACUUGGCUUCGACAGAGGCAUCUCUUGGGCCUACAGGUGCUAAACCAGUAGAUAGGCUGGAAAGUAAUUCUCGCACCGUCAAAGGUGCGAAAAUUAUAGGCCAAGAGAAGGAGGCUCUGACACUCAUUCUGAAACCAGUUCAAACUUUUUCUAAAGGAAAGGGGAACCCUGUGAGGAAGGAAGACAUCCUCAACUUGAAUCAGUCCCUGAGAAUUCUUUCAAACUUAGUUGCAGCUGAUGCUAUUGCACAUACCAGCAGGGAUGAAAUAAUUUUUGAGCUUCUCGGGCUGACUUCUACCCUUCUUAGCCAAAAUAAGAUUGAUGCUUAUGACUCGAUUGCUAAGAGUUUAUUGGUGAUUAGAAAAUUGAUUGAUGGUGGUGGAGACAGCUUUGGCAGUUCAUAUUUUACGCAGUGGGUUGCCCUUGUUGAGCUGUUUUUGCAGGUCGUUAGUAGCUCAGAAGAUUCGAGCGGCAGGGUCCUUUAUGAAUCUACCUCCUCUAUUACUGUCAUGCUAAAUCAAGUUACUUCAGCUAUUAAAAAAUUAUCUCUUUCUGGCCCUCCUAAAGCUAUUGAUAUACUGAAGCAAAUCCUUGAUCAUGCUAAAACAAGUGGUUUGGUUGAUCACCUUUGUUUGUGCUUAGCAGCAUCGGGAACAAGUAUGAUUUCAGGUUCUGCUAAUUUGUCACGUGUUGCUGCAGAAGGUUGCAGAGCACUUUGGCUUUUAAUAAAUGCAUUGGAGAGUUUAUACCUCAAAGAAAAUGCUAGAACAUGUCCACUGACUUCUCUGCGCAGCCAUUCAUUAGUCCGACUUGACAUCAGAGAGCAUGACAGGUCUCCAGAUAUUGGAACCGACUGUGAGAAAGUUCUUGAUGCUAUAACAAGAGCAUUUUUGGAUUCCAAACCAGUUCACUGUGCUAUAUUAUACUGCCUUCGACAGCGUAAUGAAGGUGUGCUGUUAGCUGGUAUCCAGCUCCUAAUGAGGUGUUCUAUGCACAGUGGAAUAGUACCGAGCGUACUUUGUGGCCUUCCCAGUACUUUGCCUGCUACAACUGAGGUAAGCGGUGGAGGGGAUCACACGCUUGUUUCUGAGAUAUUUUCAAUAAUAUCUCUUUGUGGAUCAUCUUUGAGCAAAAAUUCACAAGCUGGUGAAGCUAAUGGCUCAAAGAGCAAAUUCAGUAAUCCUCACGGGCUUGCUUUGCAUUCGUGCUUGCUGCUUGCAACGAUAGCUCAAUCUUUUAAGUCAGUCGGGAGAAGAUACUCAACAUCUAUUCUAACUACCUCCUCAAAGAAACAACAGUCAAGGCUUUCAUCACUUGCUCAACUUUUUUCUUCUGAUGAUGGAGUUUCAUCCUCAUUUCAACCUCAUUCUGCAGCAGUCAUGCUUGCUUAUGCAUCUAUUUUAUCUCUCGAGACUUCAGCUGAGUCUUCAUUAUCUGAUAGCUCUAUGCCUUUUGUUCCUCGCACUGCUACUCUGUGUGACCUCCUUAAAAUAAAUUAUCAAGUUGAGCACAAGAGCAACUGCAAUGCUACCUAUAUGCUUUCUCAUUGGCAUGGGUUGAGGGAUGGAAUUGUUGGCUUGCUUGAAUAUAGAUUGAAAUGGGGAGGACCUUUAGCUGUCCAACAAUCUUGUGCUAGUGGACUCCCACAACUUCUUAUGGAUUUGCUGGGUAACAAUCCUCCUAUUGAAACUCAAGCAACAGAUUCUGCACAGGAUCUAGUCGGGCUAUCUCCUAUUGGAGUGUUCUGGGCUGUUUCAUGUCUAAGUCAUUGCCUUCCAGGUGGCUCUGUGACAUUUCGACAGAUAUUACUGCAGAAUAAACAUGUCGAAUGCAUUCGUGACUUGGUGUCUGAUGCUCAUCUGAAGCUCCUUAAAAUCUGGGCUGGGCCUGGCGGGGGGAAGAGCGGAGUUAGGGAUAUCAUAAAUGCAGUGAUUGAUCUUCUGGCCUUCCCUUUUGUUGCUGUUCAAAAUGCUACUAGUUUGCCAUCUGCCAACGCUUCUAUGAGCAGUGGGCAUCUCCUUAAUGUAGGUUCACCUGGUGCAAAAGUAUGCAGCAAAGACUCAGAAAUUAUGAAAGCAAUCAAAGAAAACACAGAAAAGUACACAAAGAUUCUUCUAGAGGCGGGGAUACCUAUCUUAAUUUUGCGGUGUGCUGAUGGUUUGGAGUUGAAGGACACGCAAAGGCCAGUGGCAUUCCUUGCGAAAAUGACCAGUAAUAAACCUUUGGCAAUUCAUCUUGUGGGGAAGGGGAUGCUGGAAGCUUCCAGAAUAAGAAGAUUGCUUGAUGGAUCAUGCCCGAAAGGGGUCAUCCUGGAUGUCCUUAUGAUAGUGUCUGAACUAGCUCGUAUGGACAAGGGCUUCUACGAGUACAUCGACAAAGCAAACAUAUUGACACGCUUAAAGGAGUUCCUCGCUUCUAAAGAUUCUGAUUUGCGUGCAAAGGCUUGCAGUGCUAUAGGAAAUAUGUGUCGGCAUAGCUCUUACUUUUAUGAUCCACUGGCAAGGCAUAGUAUCAUCAGUCUACUCAUUGAUCGAUGUGCCGACCCAGACAAGCGUACCAGGAAAUUUGCCUGUUUUGCUAUUGGAAAUGCAGCCUACCAUAACGAUUUGCUGUAUGAAGAAUUAAGAAGUUCCAUUCAUCAACUAACCAAUCUGCUGCUUUCACCUGAGGAGGAUAAGACAAAAGCAAAUGCUGCUGGCGCUCUAAGCAAUCUUGUCCGAAACUCUAACAAGCUAUGUGACGAUAUUGUGUCUAAUGGUGCUAUCCAGGCUUUACUCAAGGUGGUUUCUGAGUGCUCUACAGUAGCAUUGAAUCCCCCAAGAAGGGAUGCGGUGAAUGAAUCUCCUCUAAAAAUUGUACUCUUUGCUCUCACAAAGAUGUCUGCGCACUCGCCUUGUAGACAUUGCAUUCGUUCGUCAGAGUUGUUUCAGGUGAUAGCCCAACUUCGACAAUCACCUGAAGGAACGAUAUCUAAGUAUGCCUCCCUGAUCUAUGAUAAAGCCAAUGGAGCUUAAAACUUAUCUUACAAACUGAAGUAUAGCUGAAUGCUGCUCACCUCAGUCGCAGAACCAGAAGACAACCAGAGAUAGAUGUUGUCCAUAUUGCAUGUCAAGGUGGUCUUGUACAUAAUCUUUGUAUGUAUUCAUUAUAUCAUUUACUAUCAUCUAUGAUCUCAUCUCAUGUAUUACUCAUGUUUAUGUAAACACCAAGGAAAAUAGAGUUUUUAGAAAUUGAUGUAAUUGGGAGAUUAAUCAAUCUUUGUGUAAGUCUCAUUAAAAUGUGAUCUCAGCAGAGAAUUUAUGGUUUCAUCUACUACAGUUUAGAAUUUAAACUA